UUUGCGCGCGCAUUCGUCGCCAUCUGUUGCGUAGCGUAGCAAAACCCGGCGAAACUUUUGAAGUGGCAAGUUUAACAGCACAGCCGAGACCUGCACUCCAGAGUAUUCCGUGCUUAUCUCAAACAACCAUUUAGUGUCGCUGGUCUUUGACCGCGAUCUACCGCUCGCUCUGAGCUCCGUCUCUGCUCACAAGGGGCGACCGCUUUAUAUCCCUGUAUCACAAGGACAUCUGUUAAGUUUGCGCGAAACGCUGCCGAAGGGUCUGCUUUUGAAAAAGCCUGGUCAUGGUGUCUUCAAUCCUGAGAGCACCCCAAAUUGGUGCCAUUGCCCUCACAGCCACAGUUGCAGGUGGGGCAAUCGCUGCAGCAUCUUACAUUUGGCUCAAGCGCAAGGCAGCUGCCAAUAACUUUGUGCCCGUGGCUCGCCUGGUGAACAUUACCAUCUACCCUAUCAAGUCCCUACCUGGCAUUGAGGUUCCAUAUGCUGACUGCACUGUGGCUGGACCAGUCUACAAGGGACUCAAGGACAGGCAAAUGCUCCUUGUAAAAGACGACUACUUUGUUUCAAUGCGUGAAGAGCCCCGUCUUGGCACGAUUAAAGUAGUCUUUGAUGAAGACAAACUGGCGUUGACACUGACUGCAAAUGGGUAUCCACCACUGGUAAUUGAUCUCCAUGACACAGAGGACCAGAGCAAGUCCCCGUUCACUGUCAGCGUCCACAUAUCAUAUUCUAGGCUUUCUGUUUUAUUUUACCCAAUUACUCAUCCAUGCAAAUGGUUUGCUUUCAGGGUUCGGAAGAACAGUUACAAGGCUGUGGAAGUGUCGGAAGAAGCUUCCCAGUGGUUUAAGAACUUCCUCAACUGCGAUAGCAUUCGGCUUGUCAGAAUUAUUUUGGACAAGGAGACGAUCGAUCGAGGAAGGGAUGGCACUGCUUCGGUUGCUUUCCAAGAUAAGUCAUCAUUUCAAGUCCUCUCAAAGCCGUCUCUUGACGAGCUAGUGUCCAGGUUGCCUCCGGGUAGCGACAUCAGACAGCGCAAUUUUCGGCCCUCUCUUUUUGUUGACGGCUGUGAAGCCCAUUCAGAGGACCACUGGGCACGUUACAGGAUUGGUGACGCAGAAAUGGCUUUCUUGGAGCGCACAAGAAGAUGUGUGAUGACUACAGUUGAUCAAGACACUGGUAUCAAGACAUCAAAGGAACCCCUUGUGACAUUGCGGAAGUACAGAAUUGACAGGUCUAAGCUAGGGGUUGAAAGGUACGAGCAUCAACCAUUGCUUGGUAUUGGCUCAAUCCAUAUUAAAGAUGGCAGGAUUGCACCUGGAGAUGAGAUCUGUGCUGUCAUAGCUCCAAAGCCACUUCUGUAAGAAGAGGUGGGUGCAUCAUACCUGCAUUAGAGGUGGGUGCGUCGUACCUGCGUUGAAGAAUUACUGGCACCCAUCUAAGUUUCUGGUGCUGGCCACUCACUUGUAUUUUGCUUUCUGGCAUUAACUCAACUGAGUUCUCCCUCUGUUUGUGUGAGCAUUUGCCGCUUAAUGGAUUGUGAUGGCAGUUAACUAAGUUUCCUACUAUCUUCUCUAAGCUGGUCGAUAUCAGUGUCUCCACGUUAUCAGUUUCAGUACUUGUUACUGCUUUUUAUUAUAUCUAGCUUUGCAAUAACAGUUGGCUAUAAUUGAAAAACAUAAGUGAAUUUUGGUACCAUGCAAGUGUUGACCUGAUUAUCACAUAAGGUAGCGUGAAUAUUGUUAGAGUGGUGGUGCGAGAGAGUUUCUUUGCACAUUUCUGUAUGAAACUCCACUGUGCUGCAACACAGCAAAGCAGAACAUUGGCACUCAUUUUAACAUUUAUGUGUAACUAAAGUAUGAUUCCACAGUCUAUAAAUGCCAGUAUAAGAAAUAUUUGUUGGCUAUAUAUCCAAAGAAUGACAUUCCGCUGAUUUUUACACAGAUUUAUAUUGCUGCGUAUUUACGUGUUUGGGUGCAACAAUAUUUCAGCAUUUUAAAAUAACAGUUCACAUUGCUUACCGCAUACCUAGAAAUAACACACAAGUGAGUAGGCAGUCGGUGCUGGUAUGCACUAACUGUCCAGGCAAUGCAUACACGCCUAUAUACAAUAAACUAAAUGCGACAUAGCAGAGUGCAAUGUUCAGGAGUUUGCACCACGGCAUUACAUAGGCAGCGAGUCAGAUUUGUAGGUCUGAUUUGUACUCGCGACAGUGGUGGUCACUUUAUGCAGCCAUGAAGGGGCUUGAUUCCAGUCGAAGAUGUAGUAACCCACUGUGUUCACUAUGAGCAAGGUGAUAGCAAUAGAGGUUGCCUUGGUCAUCAUGCCAUCUGCAUUAUGCAAUGAAGAUUGCUAAAAGUGCUUAUCCCCAGUGCACUUGCAACCAGCUCCACCCCAUGUGCAAUGAAGCAUUGUAUUUUGCAAGAGGUUCCUUUUAAUUAUAAAUUGCAACUGCCAUUUGUUGUGAAAUUGUAAAAUGCUGCAGUGCAGCUUGUGAUUUUGUGAGCCUUAGCUUCGUAACAAUUGUCUGGACAGCUGUUUAGUUACUUUGUGCAAAACCUUUCUGGUGUGAGAUCCUGUGU